GAAGCUGUGAAUUAGGAAGCAAGGCAGGGGGAGGAAGAAAUAAAGGAUCUAAAAAUACUUUGGAGGAUCUGGUCCCAAAAUUGUUGAUUAAAGAAGGAUAAUCACAGAGCUUGUGGCUUGAAAGGAGAAAGUGUUUUUAGCUGUGGGUCUGAGAAGGGACAGGCUGUCAUGGAAAAAGAGAAGUUCCAGCAGAAGGCUCUGAAGCAAACUAAGCAGAAGAAAUCCAAGUCGGCUGAAUUUCUGAUGGUAAAAGAAGAGAGAGCAGCAACAGAAGGCAUUGAAAAUCCAGCUUUUAACAUCAGCAGCACAGAUCUUUCAGCAUAUCAGACUUCAGAAGAGGAAGUUAUUAGACUUGACAAGUGGCAUAGCACCCUUGCAGCUCACCAACAAAAACUGAGGCUGCGAGCCCAUGCUGAACCAAGAGGAAAUGAAUACAGCAGAAAUUACUUUGACCUGCUGAUGGAUGAGGAAAUAAACCCAAGGCAGUGUGGGAUGGAGGUCAGUGAAGAAGAUCCUUUGAAAUUUGAGGAACAAAUCCUAUAUGGUAAACUGAUGAAUUUUCUAGAAGAAGAAAGUGAGAUGGUGGACUCCCAAGCCCCUGCCACCAGUGAAGAUUUUUCAGAUUCCGUGAUGCCUGUCAGCUUCAGUAAGACACGUGACCUUCACAGGGAGCUUGAAGAUGAAGUGAUUCCUUCAUAUAUCAAACAGUUUGAGAGAGAUGUUCAGGAUGACAUAAUUCUGCUUGGCAGCUUUUCACUGGAACAGGUCUCAAAGUACCAUAAGGAAGUGUCUCACCAGAACAAACAAAAGAUACAAGUCAGGAUUCAUGAGCUCUUUCAAAGCCACUGCAGAGCAGGAAGUCAGCCAUUGACAGCAAAGGUGAAUGGAUGUGAAGAAGAAAUUGUAGCCAGCUUUGAUAACCUUGCAGGCAUGAAAAGUGGAUUAAAUGGAGCAGCAAGACUUUGUGGGAAGGUUGACUGCUCCAAGACAUCGCAGCUGAUAGAAAUUCACAUCAAAUGCCUGAGGGGAGUCAAAGAUAAGGUCCCCAGAGGCCAUUAUACCCUGAAAGUUUCCGUUCUCAGCCGCUUAGGUGGUCACUUACUGCAGUGGCCCAAACUGAAGGACCAGCCUUGGGUCAGGACCACUCUGCCUGUUAGUCAUGAUGGAAACUUCUACAACACUGAAAUCUACUUUGGACAAAGUAUCCACACGGUUUUACCACCUAGAAAGGCUUUGAAGCCGGGCUUGGCAGUACUCUUUGAACUCUUCCUUCUUGGUGGAACAUAUACUUGGAUUGAUCGAGAAGUGGGAUGGGGGGUUUUUCCCUUAUGUGACAACAGUCUGAAUGCUUUGGAGGGAAAGUUUAAAUGUCCUUUCCUUAGAGGCCAUUAUGAUUCUAAAAUUGACCGAUUCAAAAAAAUUGAAAAUUUAAUUUCUCAAGACUUGGACCAUUGGCUGUGCAAUCUAUACUUUCAGAUAAUUAAACUACCACAGGAAUCAGAUAAGCAGAAUAAUGAUGUUCAUCUUCAUCUCCCACCUGAACUUCCCAUGUAUUCCAGUGUUGCUGAAAAGAAUGGAGCUUCAGAGAAAGUUAAAUGUCAUGGACCACAAGGGCAACCUCUGACCUCCCUGAAAGAUCCUGACACCCAUAAGGGAAGUAUUCCCACUGUUGUAAAGGAAGUGGAAAAGCAGUUUAAUGCUGCAAAAGGAGGAGAAGCAUGUGCACCAGAAGAAGCUGGGAGGAAAAUGGAAGAGCUUAAAAUGCUCCCAGCAGAGAAUGAUUUUUACCAAGAUUGCUGUGGCUAUACAGAUGAUCACUGUGGUAUGUUUCAGCUGAAAGAAGAACAAGGAAUACAGCACAAGAUCAACUGGAAUAACUCACCUGAACAAUAUUAUCAAGACAAAUCUGGUCCUGUAAACAAUACAAGCCCAGAAGAAGGUAAAGCAUCUUCAGAGAUCAACCUUUACUUGGAGGAAUUAGAGAAAUAUACUUUUUCUCUAUGCUGCCACUCUACUGUUGAGGUGAAAUUGUCCAGAAGGUUUGCUGAGCAUUUCCAUUUUGGGGUAUAUGCAGCCUUCUCAGAGCUGGGAGCUGCACGCUGGUGUUCUUGGGACUUCUGGCUGCUUGUGCUGCUGGUAGUGUUGCUUUGGUUUGUGAGACUUUACCUGCAUUACUGUAGCCAGUGGAUCUUCCUUAAGACCAUCUCUGUUCCAGUUACAAAAUUCCAGUUUUUCCCUCACACUGUUGAGCUGCGCUACCAAAACUCCUUGCUGCAGACCAGUGAAGAGUUGGUCAUGGUCAUGUUGGGACCCCUAACCUUGAACGCUGGGCUACUUCUUAUGGUUCUGAUCAAAUGGGGCUGUCAGCAGCUGUUUGAUUCAUUCCCUUCCUUCUUGUCAAAGUUUAUCAUAGCUCUGGGACUCUGGACAGUGCUGGACCCCUUGGCAGUGUUUUUAGUGGAUUCAUUCCUGGGGCGACUUGCGAACACUGUAGAGAAACCCGUUGCUGAUGCUGCAAAGCUCUACUGGGUCUUUCUAAGAACAGAAGAGUCAGGGGUUCUCGGUGCACUAAUCACUGUGAUGCUUUACACAGUCCUGUUCAUCAUCUCCUCUACAGUGUUGUACCUUUACCUUGUAAGGCUACAUAAUGAAGGGUGGCUGUUGGAUCUAUAUCAACGCAUUCAUGGUGAAGAAGGUGCAUUCUUCGUUCCACUGGAUUUAGAGAUUUCCAGUCAGGAGCUGAGCUACAUUAUGAAAAGAGCUGAGCAGUGGAGAGGAAUCAAAGGUGAAAGACGGAUGGUGGCAGUGUAUGAUUAUAUCUGGAAGGACCAUGCCAGCAAGUCUGGUGUCCCCCGCUGUGACCUCCAGCACCAGGAUGAAAUCUCUGACUCGGCAGCUACCUCAAGAAGUACUACUAUUCACGUGUCGUUGUUCACCGUACACCUCAGCGGUUUCCAGCAACUUUACAGACACUUCCUCAGGCUGCCUGAUGGGGCUAUUGUUGAGGCAUUUGGUGAUAUUACUGGAAUAAGUCUUUUGUGUAAUGAAGUGAGCACAGCUCAAUAUGUAAAUAAAAUGGACAGUAUGCUGCAUACAUCUUCAUAUAUCAAGUUGAAGAAGAGGAAGACGAGUGUAGCUAGGUGGAAAGGUAAUCGCCUUGCUUCCAAUAAGAGCUAAUUCCUGGAGGACUGCAUAGUUCAGAGAGUUAUUUACACCCUGAUUUACAUCCAUGCUAUAAUUACUGUCUGACAGUAUUUAUGGUUCUGAUGUCCACACUUCUGUGCAUACAGAAUUGUCCUGCAAAUGCCCCAUACAUUACUCUUCUAAAACUUCAACUAACAUUUCAGUGUGGGGAGCUCAUUAGAUCUGUUCAUAGAUCUGAUAUAUAGUAAUUUUAUAAGAUUUUUUUCCUUCCAUAUAGUGGGACAUUCCCACACUUCUCAGGUUUGCUUAUACCUGCUUUCCACUGUAGUGGUUGGGAAAAUGUUGCUGAUUUCUUUCAAGUUUCAUGAAUCAAACAUUGCCGGUGUUUUCAGUAAUUGUUCAAAAGCACAACACUAUAGUAAUUGCAAGGUUACAAAGAUGCCCAGAAGAGGAACAAUGAUGGCCUCAUGCCACGAAAUACCACCAGUUCUGAAGCAAGUUCCAACAGGCUGUGAAAUUUAUGAAAUCUCAGAGGAGAACAUUUUGCUGGGGUCUUAAUGUUGAUGAAACCUACUUCUCUGGAAGCUACAGCAACUUAUAGCCUCACAUUUUCUUACCAGUAUUAAAGUAUUUCUCAUUAGUUUGUGUCUAUUCUAUUUGGCUUCACACAAGUGCAUAAGAAAUGAAGUCCAUGCCCCAAGGCAAGGACUACAAAAGACAGCAGAAGGAGAUGGUGGGAAGGGGAACAGAAGCAAAAAAGGUGAAAUCAUUCUUCCAAGGUCAUGGAAGUCAGCAGCAAAUGAAGAAAUAGAUGGCAGACUGCCCAUGCCCUGACUCCUGGUAUUCCCUGUGCUAGAAUCCUUUUUAUCCUAAAAAUGCAGACAGAGAAGGGAAGAGUCUUAGCUUCCUGCAAUUUUGAAUCAUUCAUGUAGAACAGUUAAUCGAUUAACAUAAGUAUUGGUGACAUUUUUUCAACUAGUAUGUUAUUCUGGUGCCUGUGUGUUUACACUGAUUUGUAAAAACUUUUUCAGAUGCACUUAACUUUGUAAGAUAUAUCCUGUUUUGAACACUGUUGAUUAAUUUUAUUAUGUACAUCUAUGAUUCUUAUCCAUCUGAAUAAUAAUUAAAUGAUGUUAGGUAGCAACCUAGAGAUUUAAAUGUCAAUCCUGAAAACACUCUUUCUUUGGGUUUACAGUAUAAUGAUUUGGUUUCCAUUUUUUCCUACUUACAAUUGACUUGUGAGCAUACAUGUAUGUGUGUUACAUUAUGACAGAAUGGUGUUAAAAUUAUUCUGAAUAAUAAGCAGUGACUUAAUUUUUGUGGGUUCUAUUGCAUCAGGUAUCCCUUGGAUAGCUUCUGUCCAUCAUACAGGAAUAAAAUUGCCUUCUUCAUUUUUUCUUUGCCUGUUGACA